CUGCUCCGGCAGUUCUGGAACAUUCUCUCGCGACGCGUGGCGCAGCGAGCGGCGUUCAGUUCGUUUCCUACAGCAGGACAGGCGGGAGUGUGUGCGGAAACAGCAGAAUCAACCACCAUGUUGGCCACCAAGAAAGUUCAGGAGACCGCAGCUGUGGAUCUGGGUGCUCUCCUCGAUGAGAGUGACGGCGCCAUAGUGAUUCUGGUGGCAGGGCAGACGCGUCUGGUGGCACACAGGGCAGUCCUGGCCGCCAGGAGCCCCGUCUUCGCGGCCAUGUUCCAGCACGACACACUGGAGGCCAGCACAGGUGAAGUCAGCAUCACGGAUAUGGAGGGCCCAGUUUUGCGCCAGCUGCUGUCAUACACGUACACCCUCCAGGCCCCCCGGCUGUCCGGCUUGACCCCACAAACGCUGGCAGCUGCUGAUAAGUACGGCUUGUCGGCCCUGAAGGCUGCUUGUGAGCAGCAGCUGGCCACUCAGCUGACUGUGGAGAACGCGGCAGCCACAGCUGCCCUGGCAGUGAGGCACUGCUGCCCGAGCCUGACUCCGGCUUCAGUCGCCUUCAUAAAAGACCACAACUUCCGGGUAAUGGCUACACAGGGCUGGGCAGACAUGAUGCGUAGCCACACUGAAGAUUUGAUUGAAGUGAGUCGCCUGCUUGCUGAGCCACCAGAAGAAAUCAGGAGUCUUUCGGUCGAGGAGAAAGGCAGGAGGCUGAUCCAGGCAGCUGAGGAGGGGGCAGUGGAGGAGAUACGGACUCUGCUCGCUGCUGGUGCUGACUUAGGAGUGAGGGACAAGUACAUGGGGACCGCCCUGCAUUGUGCAGCGAGGGAGGGACACGUAGAUGCAGUGAAGUUUCUGGUGGAGUGCGGAGCAGGCCUGGAAGACAGGAACAGGAAGGAGAGCACACCUCUGCACUUAGCUGCAUGGAAAGGCCACACGGCUGUGGUGCGGCUGCUGGUGGCUUGUUCUGCAGACCCCAACGCCAAGGGUGACUGUGGGUGGACGCCACUGCACUUUGCGGCAUCCUAUGGUCACACAGAAGUGGCAGCUGCGCUGCUGGAGGCAGGAUCUGACAGGGGCGCAAGGAAUGACAGGGGAAACACACCACUGGACCUUGCUAGAAAUAACAAUCACCAGCAGAUCGUAGGGAUACUCACGUGAAGUUUACAAGGCAACAAAAAUCAGGAGGAAAACAAUCAAAGCAUCACGUCAUGACUUAACAUUAUCUUUAAA